AUGUCCAACCUGUCCGUACAAUUGACAGCUCCGAACGGGCGCUCCUACACACAGCCCAUUGGCCUCUUCAUCAACAAUGAAUUCGUGGCUGCUAAGGGUGGCGAGAAGAUCACAUCAAUCAAUCCAUCCAACGAGGCCGAAAUCACCUCGGUACACGCCGCCGGCGAAGAGGACGUGGACGCUGCCGUCGCUGCUGCACGCAAAGCGUUGAAGGACCCGUCCUGGAAGGAACUCCCGGCCACCGAUCGUGGUCGCUUGAUGUUGAAGCUUGCCGAUUUGAUUGAACAGCACAAGGAGACUCUGGCCACCAUCGAGACCUGGGACAACGGCAAGCCCUACCAAGUUUCGCUCAACGACGACCUCGGUGAAGUCACCAACACCCUUCGAUACUAUGCGGGCUGGGCUGACAAGGUCCACGGCCAGACGAUCGGCACGUUCCCCCAAAAGUUUGCCUAUACUUUGCGUCAGCCCAUUGGCGUCGUCGGCCAGAUCAUUCCUUGGAAUUUCCCUCUUGCUAUGGCGGCCUGGAAGUUGGGACCUGCCCUCGCGUGCGGUAACACGAUCGUGAUGAAGGCCGCCGAGCAAACUCCUCUCAGCAUUCUGUACUUGGCCACACUCAUCAAGGAAGCCGGCUUCCCUGCUGGUGUGAUCAACAUUAUCAACGGCUACGGUCGCGUGGCCGGUGCCGCCCUGGUUCAGCACCCUGGCGUAGAUAAGGUUGCCUUUACUGGAUCUACCGCAACCGGUCGUGAGAUCAUGAAGAUGGCCGCCGGCACUUUGAAGAACAUCACGCUCGAGACUGGCGGCAAGUCUCCUUUGGUUGUGUUUGAGGAUGCCGACCUGGAGCAGGCCGCCAAGUGGGCUCACAUCGGUAUCAUGUAUAACCAAGGUCAGGUCUGUACCUCCACGUCGCGUAUUCUCGUGCACGACUCUGUGUAUGACAAGUUUGUCGAACUCUUCAAAGAUGUCGUCAAGAACACUAGCAAGGUCGGUGAUCCCUUCCAGGACGAGACUUUCCAGGGCCCUCAGGUCACCAAGGCUCAGUACGAGCGCGUCCUCUCCUACAUCGAGGCGGGCAAGUCUGAGGGAGCUACGCUGGCCGCCGGUGGUGAGGCAUUCAAGAAUGUUGGUGACGGCCGUGGCUUCUUUAUUGCCCCUACCAUCUUCACCAAUGUCAAGGAUCACAUGCGUAUCUACCGCGAAGAGGUGUUUGGUCCCUUCGUCGUGAUCGCCAGCUUUACCACCGAGGAUGAGGCCGUCACCCGUGCAAAUGACACCACCUACGGUCUCGGCGCCGCUGUCUUCACUCGUGAUAUUGAGCGUGCACACCGGGUGGCCGCGGAUAUCGAGGCUGGUAUGGUGUGGAUCAACAGCAGCAACGACAGCGAUUUCCGUGUACCUUUCGGUGGUGUCAAGCAAAGUGGCAUUGGCCGUGAGCUCGGCGAGGCUGGCCUCGAUGCUUACUCACAGGUCAAGGCUGUCCAUGUGAACAUGGGAAGCCGAUUGUAA